AUGGCUCCGCUCGGGUCCGAGCCGGAGGAGGAGGAGGAGGAACAGGAGGAGGAGGAGGAGGAGGGCGAGGAGCAAAGCGGGGGCCCCCCCCCAGCGGCAGCGCUGGGUGGGCAGGGGGGGGUCGGCAUUCCAGAAGCGCUGUGGGGCCGCAUCCCGAUCCCGGCGCCGGGCUGGAACAGGAACAACCGGAUCCGGAUCCGGAUCCUUCCCAAGGCGCCCGGAGGGUUCCAGGGAUCGGGAAAAGGGGUUGGGAAAAGAGGACCGGGCUCGGGCCCCUUCACCCCGGUACCGGAGGCCCCGGCGGCGGCCCCCAGCUCCGCCCGCUUGGGGGCGCCCUCGCCCCCUCCCUCUCUAUGGUCGUCCCGCCCGUUGUCUCUCCCGCGCCGCCGCGGCCUAGAGCGUCCCCCUACCUGCGACCAACCAGGAGGGCGAGCGCUGAUGACGUCAUUUCCGGCGCUCCGUGACAGGGGCUUCCGGUGGGGCCCGGCGCGGCGGCGGGAUGGGGCGCGGCGGGAGCGGAGAGCCACAUCCGAGUGGAUCCAGUUCUUCAAGGAAGCCGGGAUCCCGCCGGGCCCUGCCGUCAGCUACGCCGUCAUGUUUGUGGAUAACAGGAUCCGGAAGAACAUGCUCCUGGAUCUCACCAAGGAGCUGAUGAACGAGCUGGGCAUCACCGUGGUCGGUGACGUCAUCGCCAUCCUCAAGCACGCCAAGGUGGUCUACAGGCAGGAGAUGUGCAAAGCAGCCACGGAAUUGCUCCUUCCCAGCUCGCCCCCGGUCCAAGCGGAGCUGCGCCGCAACACCAACAGUGCUGCCAGCCGGAUGAUUGCCAACAGCCUGAGCCGGGAUCCGGUUCCCGCUGCCCCACUCCAGCCCCACGGCUCCAAGAUCUCCGUCACCGUUCCCAACCAGCCAGCGGCAGCGAAGGCAGGGAAUGCCGCCGCCGGAAUUCCAUCGAUCCCGGUGAAGCGGCGCCGGGUGACGGCCGAGAUGGAAGGGAAGUACAUCAUCACCAUGCCCAAGGGCACCACGCCGAGGACAAGGAAGAUCCUGGCGCAGCAGCAAGCAGCCAAAGGGCUGCCCAGGACGUCCGUCUUCGACCGCUUGGGAGCCGAGGCGAGGGGGGACGCGGCUGCCGGAGGGAAGCCCACCGGCGUCUUCAGCCGCCUGGGAGAUUCCCUGCGGGAUAAAUCCAUGGAUAACGACGACGACGACGAUGACGACAGCUCCGUGCUUCCCUACGCCGGGGUCCUGAAGAAACCCAGCGCUUCCCGGAAGGAAAUCACGGAGCCGGGAAUGCCGGUGAAGGCCAAAGCCAGCAGCUCGGAGGCGAAGCCCGUUCCCAGCCUGCGGAAUGCUGCCGGGAUCGCGCCAGCGGGAGAAGGGCGAGAGGGCGAGGACGGCGUGAGCAGCAGCAGCGGCGGCGGCGGCAGGGAUAAAUCCAAGCGGGAAUGCCGGGUGAUGAUCCGGAGGACUUGGGGCUGCGGGAAGGUGAGCAGCUCCAGCGAGGCCAGGAUGGACAGCGCCGGCUCCGUCAGCGUCUUCCAGCGCUUGGGAAAGAAAUCGGAUUGAGA